AUGUCACGACGACACAUUUCAAGAACAAGUCCAAAUGAAGAGGAGCAGAGUUCGAGUUCAUUUCGUAUUCCUGAACCAACUACUACUUGUUCAACGGUUAACACGACGAUAUGUACUGGAUUCACACCAAUCAGCAAUUCCGUCCCACCAGGUUUAAACAUCCGGAACAAUCGUGGCGCCUUUGCGUUCAUUAAUGAUACAAACAACUGUGCACCUAACAAUAACAAUAAUGAUAAUCGGAAUUUUUUGUUCCCAACCGAUCGCUUCAAUCCAUCACUUUUGCAACCAAAUAUUUCACCUUACGCCAAUAUCAUCAGUAAUGACCCACGUCUUCACUCCGCCUCGGCGAUUUUAUCAAGUCCUCUUCGACAACACAACUCAAUGGGUAUCAAUGCGAAUGGGACAAUAUUUGAUCGGUUCUUACAACCUUUUCCAGCCCCACAAGGAACCAGUGCGAUGAAUUCGUCAUCAGUUCCUAUGAUCAGUGUGGCUUCUGUCACUCCAACUAUUCCGACAGCAGGACACACAUCAUUACUUCCGAUGGCUGCAGCCAACAAUGCAGGGCUGUCAGCGUCAUCUUUUAUUCCACCACCAUUAGUAAAUGACCAAUCGCCAUACAGGUAUUUGCUAUCAUUUGAACAACAAGCCAAAAUAGCGCACGAAGCAGCGAUGCAUUACGCAAAUUUAACGGAACAUCUAAUGGAACAUGCGAGGAAUGCAGCGGCUGCCGAAAAUAUGCCAUUACCACCGUUACCACAAGCGGUCGUUUCGAUGGUUCAGAAAUACGACCAACAGAAGGAGUCGAUACAGAAUCUUCAACAACAAAAACAAGAGGAUGAAAGGAAGAAUCUGCAUCCAACCUAUCUAACGCUUGGCAACAUGGUUCCAUUUACGCAUUCGGAUACAAUCACAAAUCGCAAUACUUUCGACCAGCAACAAAGCCCUUCCGGAUUGCUUAAGCAGAAACGAUCAUCCCCAUUCACUUCAGCAUUGUCUGAACCAGUAGUGAAAACUCGACAUGCAGAUAAUAUAUCUAAUACUGACACUUCUCGUUCCGAAAGUGAUUCAUCAAACAAAACAGCAGCCGAAAUACUACCGGUCCUAUCGCCACAUCCGUAUUGCGCUGCACCGACGGAAAACAACUAUGAGCAACAGCACAAUGAAGUGGAAAUGAAUGAAAGCGGAAGAAAGAACACCGCUGAGAUGAUCAGUCAGCCAAUAAUUACACCGCUGAGAACAAUCCAAGAACGAUUCAAUAAGUUGAAUCCCAAAUGCGGAACAAAGACGAAUGAUUCAUCUGGUGUUACUCAUUUAUCGCUCACUUCGUCAGACAGAUCUACCUCGGAAAGAACUCAUCCAAUGUCUAAGAAUACAUCAAGGAAUGAUAGCAUAAAUGCUGAUGCGACGAGUACGUUAUCACAGCUCCAUUUAGAUUCCGGAAUCUCAAUGAGCCUGAAUUCGACGAAUAAACGGGAACAGAUAUCACUUGAUAAGCCAUCCUGGUCUACUUCAUUUACCGUAAGCAAUAUUCUAGUAGGAAAUGAAGGAAGAGACGGAAUAGAUGUGUUGAAGCAUGUAACGGAACCAACAGCUAUGAUGUUGAAUCAAACGAGAGCAUCAAGUCCGCGGGCAACAACAAAAGUGCCGGUAAUGCCAGCCCAAAACGUAUUACCGUAUCCAGUUUCACAACAGACUAUCCAAAAUUGCAUAAAUCAUAUGGUACAAACACCGGGACCUUCAACUAUUCCUGCAUCCUUCAAAAGUUUGCCAGGAUAUACCAUAACGACGAGCGGGAUAUUGAUCACACCAGAUGGACGACCACUCCCAUCUGCAGUCUAUAAUUGUUUCGGUAUACCAAGGCAAGCAUUAGCUUCGCUGGAUUCAAAUCAGGAAGAGGACGAUCGUUUAUGCGCAGUGUGCGGUGAUAAAGCCUCAGGGAACCAUUACAGUGUACCGAGUUGCGAAGGAUGCAAAGGUUUUUUCCGAAGAACUAUUCAAAAGAAAAUAGAAUAUGUAUGCUACAAGCAAGGUAAUUGCAUAGUGGAUCAGAAAAACCGGAAUAGAUGUCAGAGCUGUCGAUUUCAGAAAUGUCUUCAGUUAGGCAUGCGUCAGGAAUUGGUACAUUUAGAUCGAAAUCGAAAACGGAAAAAGGAUGAAAACAAAGAAAAAGAAAUGGAAAUGAUCGAAGAGAUGAAAAAACUGAAGGCUACUGUUGUUAGCGCAUAUCGCGAAACAUUCCCGCCGGGGUUGAUAAUUAAUAACCGAGCCGAAGCUGUAGAAAGGAUCCAUAUAUUCUUGAAUAAUAUCCCGAUAAUGAAGGAAAUUAAUGCAAAGGAUUUGGAGAAAGUAAUCGAUAAUGGCGUUUAUGCAGCGCUAACUUUGCGCACUUCAUUCACAAACGAAAACUACGAAGCAAUUUUGGGUGUUGGUAGUGAAGCGAUAGCGCAAUGCGUGAAUGGUUUAGGAUUCGAAGUGAAGGAGGAAGAGAUGGCGAUUCUGACGGCGUUUUGUUCGUUGCAAAACUGCGUGGGAAUGACUGACAGUGAAAAAAUUCAAAAUAUUGGUGCUAAGUUGUGCAAUUGUCUUCGAGUUCAUCUAACAGCUUCCUGCGAUGGAGUAAACGAAAUUAUUUGUAAAUGUAUAAUGAGCGUAACGGCGUUGAUGCUAAUGCAAGCCAAUACUUGA